GUGAGAGAGAGAGAGAGAGAGAGAGAGAGAGAGAGCCGGAGCAGCCGUAAUAAUGGCUCUAAUGGCUCGAUUCGGUCGGCGCUCAAAUCUUCCUGGAGCUAUGGUUUUCCUGCUGUCGAUAGUUUGUGUAUCGAAUAUCGCCGAUGCAGCACCAGCGGAUAACGAUGUGUUGACAGUGCGCAUUAUUCAUACCAAUGAUAUGCAUUCGAGAUUUGAAGAAACGUCACAGUUUUCUGGGAUUUGUAAUGAUAAAAGUCGAGAAGGGAAUAAAUGUUACGGCGGUUUCGCCAGAUUAGCGACGCUUGUUAGAAAGGCAAGAGGUUCAGCUACCGACAACCUACCAACAUUCUUCUUAAACGCCGGUGAUACUUACCAAGGCACCAAACUUUUCAGGUACUACAAGUGGAAGAUCGUUGCCAAGUUUCUAAAUAUUCUCAAUCCAGAUGUCGCGAGCUUAGGCAACCAUGAAUUUGACAAUGGAAUUCAAGGUCUUAUUCCAUUUCUAAAUAACGUUAGUUUCCCGGUCGUUGCUGCGAAUUUGGAUUUGUCCGCCGAACCGACCCUGGAACAAACAAAGCAAUUGAAAAAGUCGACGAUUCUUCAAGCGAAAAACAAGAAAAUUGGAGUUGUCGGAUAUGUAACUCCCGAUACUAAAGUUCUCUCUCGGCCGGAGAAGGUAGUAUUCCUCGAUGAGGUUGAAUCUGUGAAAAAAGAGGCCAAAUACCUCAAAUCUCAAGGCUGUGAUAUUAUCAUAGCUUUAGGACAUUCGGGAUAUGAGGCAGAUAUGAAAAUUGGCCGGGGAGUGGAUGAAGUCGAUCUUGUUAUUGGUGGGCAUACAAAUACCUUUUUGUACAAUGGGCACGAGCCUGACUCGGAGAAGCCCGAAGGUUUAUAUCCGACCGUGGUGGUUCAACCAAGUGGGAAAAAAGUUUACAUUGUACAAGCUUAUGCGUAUACGAAGUAUUUGGGUGAUCUUAGCAUAGAUUUCAAUCGUCAAGGUGAUAUUAUUAGAAUCGAAGGCAAUCCUAUCUUAGUGGAUAGUAGUGUACCUAUGGCAGAAGAUGUCGUUGAAGAGCUAAAACUUUGGACGGAACCCCUAGUUAACACAACUACGAGAGUCGUAGGCACUACCAAUGUAUUGUUACAGGGGGAUGACAAAGUCUGCAGGCUGGAGGAGUGUAAUUUUGGAAAUUUGCUGACCGAUGCUAUAAUAUAUCAUAACGCCAAGCAGUUCACCGAUAGGAAUGGAUGGACCGAUGCUGGAAUUGCUAUUUAUCAAGCUGGUGGCAUCCGAUCUUCGAUAGAUACUAUAAACAGUGGCAAGGUGACGCUCGAUGAUGUAAUGACAGCAUUUCCUUUUGGAACGAAAAUUUAUAAAGUUCAUGUCAAUUCAAAAACUUUAAUGCAAGUGCUCGAAUGGUCUGUCCACGAUAGAAUCAAUCAAAAUACAACGAGCCAUGGGGGUGGCUUCCUCCAAUUCUCUGGAAUUCAUAUCACUUACGACAUCUCCAAGCCAUUCAAUUCCCGAGUCGUGUCGCUUAAGCUUCGAUGCAGUUUGUGCAUUAUACCAAGUUAUGAGGACUUUAACGCGAACAAAACUUAUACCAUUUUAAUGCCCGACUUCAUGUACCACGGUGGCGACGGCUUCGUUAUGUUGCAAAAUCAACCAUACACGAAUUUGAACUCUACAGUUGCAGAUAUAAUCGUUGACUACAUUAAUCGAACAAGUCCUGUGUAUGCUAAUGUCGAAGGUAGGAUUCAAUUCGUAAUAAAUGAGGACAAAUCCAGUGGAAUUAAUUCUGGAGAAGCAUCAACAAAUUCAGCUGCAAGUUUUAUCUAUCAAAUUCCAAUACUAUCAAGCUGCUUUGCUCUCAUGCGUUUUCUUUAAUCUAUUUGUGAUUGUCAAUACUUAAUUUCUAAUGUAAGUUGUACGUAUGUGUAUGAAUGAUAAUUUUUCAUCCAUUUUUUACUGUAUUUUAAA